AUGCAUGCUGAAUUUCAAGGAUGGGUCAAAGGUGACUCCCAGGUGGAUCUUGCGGACAUUUACCGUAUCACCUCAGUUGCGACUCAAGGGCGACAAGAUAUGAACCAGUGGGUAACAAGGUACAAACUUUCUUGUAGUACUGAUGGCACGACCUUUUACACCGUGCAGGACAUCUCUACAAACCCUGCAUAUGACGAGGUCUUCACCGGUAAUGUUGACCGCAACACCAUCGUGACCAACACUCUACCUGUACCCCAAAUUUGCCGCUAUGUCCGCUUGAUGCCUGUCAGCUGGUUCGGCCAUGUCAGUCUUCGUAUGGAGAUCUACGGUAAAGGCCCUCUCACAGAUAUCAACGAUUGUUCUCCCGAUCCUUGUGAAAAUGGAGGAAUUUGCAGUAAUGGAGUGAACACCUUUACUUGUGCCUGCGAUCUUGGCUAUACAGGGCCUACGUGCGGAACAGCCAUCUUGAAUGGACCUGGCCCUCUGGGACUUGAGAGUUAUUUCAUCCCAGAUUCAAGUCUGACAGCUUCCAGUGAGUAUAAUGCUGACCAUGGUGCAAAGAGAGGUCGUCUUAACCUGGCUCGAGUCGGGAACCUGCGUGGAGCCUGGUCUGCACGACCAACAGAUGCCAAACCGUGGAUCCAGGUGGAUCUUGCAGACAUUUACCGUAUCACUUCAGUUGCGACUCAAGGGCGACAAGAUGAAAACCAGUGGGUAACAAGCUACAGGCUUGCUUGUAGUACUGAUGGCACGACCUUUUACACCGUGCAGGGCAUCUCUGCAUACCCUCGAGCUGUCAGGAUCUUCACCGGUAAUGCCGACCGCAACACCAUCGUGACCAACACUCUGCCUGUAUCCCAGAUUUGCCGCUAUGUCCGCUUGAUGCCUGUCAGCUGGUACGGCCACAUCAGUCUUCGUAUGGAGAUCUACGGUGAAGGUCUUUUCACAGAUAUCAACGAUUGUUCUCCCGAUCCUUGUGAAAAUGGAGGAAUUUGCAGUAAUGGAGUGAACACCUUUACUUGUGCCUGCGAUCUUGGCUAUACAGGGCCUACGUGCGGAACAGCCAUCUUGAAUGGACCUGGCCCUCUGGGACUUGAGAGUUAUUUCAUCCCAGAUUCAAGUCUGACAGCUUCCAGUGAGUAUAAUGCUGACCAUGGUGCAAAGAGAGGUCGUCUUAACCUGGCUCGAGUCGGGAACCUGCGUGGAGCCUGGUCUGCACGACCAACAGAUGCCAAACCGUGGAUCCAGGUGGAUCUUGCAGACAUUUACCGUAUCACUUCAGUUGCGACUCAAGGGCGACAAGAUGAAAACCAGUGGGUAACAAGCUACAGGCUUGCUUGUAGUACUGAUGGCACGACCUUUUACACCGUGCAGGGCAUCUCUGCAUACCCUCGAGCUGUCAGGGUCUCGAAAAAUAGAAAUUGA